AUGUCUGAAGAGUCUCCAGCCCCUCCUGCUGUCGCCGCCGAUGCUGGAGAUUCGCGCGCCGCGGCAGCUGAAUCCGAACCUGCCCAGAAGCAAGGCAAUGGCAAACCAUCCGAGACCGAGGAGAAGGAAAAGCCUACAGAAACCGCUGAGCCGACGGAAGUAAACGGCAAGGGCGAUAAUGAGGCAGCUCUAACAGAAGCUCCAGCAGCCAACGGCGUUGCCACACCGAAACCGUCGAGUGCAAAGCGCAAGUCUGUAGGCGGACCGUCUUCAACAAAGAAGCUCAACAAGAAAAAGUCGUCGCAACGUAUCACACAUCUGGAUGCUGCACCUGGAGAAUACUACCUUGCGCGGCUGAAGAGCUUCCCCCCUUGGCCUGCGAUCAUUUGUGACGAGGAGAUGCUUCCGCUAAGCCUGCUCAACACUCGGCCAGUAACCACCAAGCAAGCCGAUGGUACAUACAAGGAAGCAUAUGCUGAUGGAGGAAGACGAGCAUACGACCGAACAUUCCCCAUCAUGUUUUUGGAGACGAACGAGUUUGCGUGGAUCCCAAAUACCGACCUCACCCCAUUAGACCCAGAGCAAUGCAAAGAUGUUAGCGAGAAGGGAAAACAAAAACAAUUGAUCGCUGCAUACAAGGUUGCUGCGGAAGGCCACGAUCUUGAAUACUUUAAAAAUCUGCUCGCCGAUCAUCAACGGGCCAUUCAACAGGAAGCUGAAGAACGCGAGGCUGCCGCAGCAGAGAAAGCAGCUUUGAAAGCUCAGAAGGAAGCCGCCAAGGAGGAAAAGAAGAAGAAGAGGACGAGCGUUGCAGCUGAGACUGAGGAUGUGGAGAUGGCUGAUGCGGACGAGGGAGAUAAGAAGGCCAAGACUAAGAAGCGCAAGAAGGACGCUGCCAGCGAUGUUGAAGAUGAAAAGCCCACCAAAACUCCGAAGACAACAACGAAGCUCAAACUUAGCACACCUAAAGACCCGAAUGCCGCCCAGAAGCCAAAGUCGACCAAGGCCAAGAAAGCUGCAGAGAAGCCUAGCGAGGAGGUUGUAGUUCCUCCCAAAGAGAAAACCCCACAAAUUGACCCCCAGGAAGCAAAAGCCAAUAAACAGAAGCGAGUUCUCUUCCUUCGUCACAAGUUGCAGAAGGGUUUCUUGCAACGUGACCAAGCGCCGAAAGAAGAAGAGAUGGAGCAAAUGACAAAACACUUGUCUGAGCUGGAGGCAUUUGGUGAGAUCGAGGUGUCUAUCAUCCGUGAAACGAAGAUCAACAAAGUUUUGCGAGCUAUUAUCAAGUUGCCUUCGAUUCCAAAGGAGGAGCAGUACCGCUUCAGAGCGCGGUCCAUCGAUAUCUUGCAAGGAUGGAAAACUCUUCUUGAUUCGGAUAUCCCCACCCCUGCUGCUCCUGCUGAUAAGGAGGCCAAGCCUGAGUCGAAUGGCGUGAAAGAAGAAGCUACUGCAGCUAAUGAGCCGAAAGUUGACGAGCCUGAACCAAGCGAAGCGGGUGGGGAAGAAGCUGGUGACCAAACAAUGGCUGACGCUGCGCCUGAAGAACCUAAAAAAGAGACCGCAACAGAGGAGGCAGCUGGUGAUGCCUCGAAGGUCGCGGAAGAGACUUCCGCCUGA